AUCUAUCGGCGCCUUUUGAAGAGUGACAGCAGCACGUAUGUGCCAGUGUAUCGCUUGUUUCGCUCGCUUGUUUCUUCACUUUGCACUGUGCACUGCCGACUGCCGUCCCGGAGCGUAGCUGUUGUCGCAGGAAUACUCUUCACCUGUUCGCUUCGGUAAGAGGCCCCCUCUUUGGCGGGGCUCGGGGGCACUGCGGCGGGGAUGCGGGGGCCCUUGUGGUGACGCCGUGCAGCCAUGCGCGAGGACGACCUGGAGGUGGCGCUCAAGGUGGUGGUGGUGGGCAACGGCGCCGUGGGCAAGUCGAGCCUGAUCCAGCGCUACUGCAAGGGCGUCUUCACGGCCGACUACAAGAAGACCAUCGGUGUGGACUUCCUCGAGCGCCAGCUCAGCCUGCGUGGCGAGGACGUGCGCCUGAUGCUCUGGGACACGGCGGGUCAGGAGGAGUUCGACGCCAUCACCAAGGCCUACUACCGGGGGGCCCAGGCCUGCGUGGUCGCCUUCUCCUCGACGGACAGGCAGUCUUUCGGAGCCGUCGAGGCCUGGCGCAAGAAGGUUGAGAAUGAGUGUGGUUCCAUCCCAAUGGUCAUUGUCCAGAACAAGAUUGACCUCAUGGACCGGGCUACUGUCUCCAAAGAAGAGACGGAGGAGUUGGCGCGGAGGAUGCAGCUCCGGCUGUACAGGACGUCUGUCAAGGAGGACUUUAACGUCAACGAGGUGUUUCGGUACCUGGCGGAGAAGUACCUUGAUCAGAUGAACAACCCCGUUGAAGAGUUGAUGCGUGGUCCCAACUCCAAGGGCCUCAACACGGUCAGCAACAACCUGCGCAACGGACACCUCCUGAAGCCCAGCUCCGGGCACAGAGACGGAACCAUCAGCCUGCACCGGCGGCUCAGGCCGUCGAGGAAGUCGUUCCGACGCAGCUGCGCCCUGCUCUGAUCCCUGGGACUGCCCACUCUGCCACAGUGCCUGGCUCAGUUCAACUUCCGUCCACUCUGCCACCUCCUGCUCUUUCUACUGCCACAUAGUUGCUGAUGUCGCUUACCCCCUGCCUGGCUGCUCAAGCUCCGGGGUGCGGCUAAAAUACUCAAUCUGUGUGCUGGCACAUCGAGGGGUUUUCACUGUCUAGGGAAGCUGUUGAACCUUCGUGUCUUGGCCAUAUUAAAAGCCAGCACCCACAUUUUUUUUUUUUUUAAUUAAGACAUCUAAGGUAGAGACACAAUGAAUAAUUAACCCCUAGACACAUACAUACACACCUUUAUGAGUGCUCGUCAAGCCCUUAGCUUGUUUCUAUUAUCACUCUUUCAUUUCUGUUCUCAAAAUGGCCCAUUGCCAACUCUCCUUUGAGCACCAUUUCAGUAAUUACCCAUGAAAUGUGAAACAGAAUUUUGUGUACUAACCCUUUCCAGCUUGAGGAGCUUCCAGUGGCUGUGCCAAGCAACCAAGAACAGAUAAUCUCAGGCUUACUGGGGACAUGCAGCUGUUGAUAAUUUUAACAGAAAUGGAUGUGCCUCUUUUAUGUGUCACUGCGGGCAUUCCGUGGUUCUCUCUCUCUCUUUCUCCUCAUUAUAAGAAUAGUUGACUUGAGCAAACAUUACUAGAUCAACUUGGUUGUAGAACUCCCACACGUGGAAGCUGCAUCUAUGGCAGUUACGUAACUGAGUUGAUCUAAUAAUGUUGGCUGGGGCCUCCAGUAUAGAGAGAAGUUCAGGCACUUUGCCAUAAAGAUAAUAAAUUGGUGUCCCAUGAAAGAGAGAGAAGGAACAAAUGGCAGACACCAGCCUCCGAUAUUAGCGCCAUGCCAUAUCAGCAGCCAUUCACUGAAACAUUUUCUGCUUUUGCGAGAUGCAUUUCGAAAUGUGGUUCCGAGAAUGACCGCUUCUGUGGUAUGGCGCUGAUAAUUAAUUAGAGGUCCUUAUCCCCGCUAGGCUUCCCCACUAUAAAGCAAAGCCCAUGAAUAAGAAAGGUAGCAGCAUUAUCUCCUUCCUCUGGCUCAUACACCGUUUUAUGCUCCUUCAUACUUGUGUGUUCAUGGUGGCUCCUCCUGGACUGUCUCAAGAUGGCAGGCAGCAUUCUUGAAAACUUGUUGCUUUUGUUUAUGCUAAGACUAGUGCAGAGGAGGCUAUGGUAACCAAGAGAAGGGGCAUAUCUACGUGAGCCUUUCUGAAGUACACACUCUAGUAACUCCAAAAGGCUUUACCCUGUGAAAGUGUGUCACAAUUCGGAGACAAAGUGUUCACCAUUUUGUUAUGUUCUUCAGUGACGUGUGGUUAAAAGCUUCAUGACAGGCGAUGCAAAAGUUAUUUACAGAUUGCGCCAGAAUUGACUGCUAAUGGCACGGAAGUUUUCUGACAUUUUCUAUUUGGGCUUUUCCGCUAAUAAUGGUGACUGUGCCAUGCACCAGGGGACCUGUAUAUGGAAACAGCUCUUAAGAUAUGUUUAGCCUGCCAGUGGCAGGAACAGCAAUGAGCACCCCUUUAGAGUAUGCAAGCCAACGAAACCAAGUGUUGACUGGCACUUGCAGCCAUUUGAGGAACCAGUUUUAAUUUCAUAUCUUAAAGCUACUUAAAGCCAGAUAAAUCCUUUCAAAAGAAUUGAAAGUUCUGUAGAAUGAUUUUUUUACAUAUUUUGUUUAUUAGUUUUUAGGCGAUGAACGCUAAUCGGCUUUUGGAGUCGAGCGAUCUGGUAGCAAGCCUGGGGAUAAAUAACCUUGUGGUAUAGAAUCUCUGGUUUGCGACAACCUUGCACAUGCAAUUUUUUUUUGUAGUUUCUGCAUCAUCGAAAAUCUUUAUUACAGUGCUCCCUAAACUUAACGACGCCACAGGAUGGUUCUUUUUUUGUAAUCUUUUUGCAAUAUUCCUGCGCUUACCUGUUUAACUCUUGACUCCCCGAUCACAACCCAGCCCGGGGAUGGCUUUUUGUCUGCUGUUGUGAUCAAUUUAGCCUCGAGUGGGCUGCAAAAGUUUAGUGUUUGAGAAACCGAGUGGCGGCGUCAAGUGUAAGGAGCACUGGACGUAAUACUCCCACGAUGCUUCGCAGAUUUAAUAAAAAACAACGGUGAUGAUGUGUGUGACUACCAAGAAGCGACUCCCUAGAAUGAAAACAUUUCUUUAGCAAAUUGUGCCACUUUUUUAUUUCGACUUGACGUAUGAAAGCUUUUGGGAGAACCACUUUACAUGCAUUUAUACGCUGUUCGAUUGUUCCGUAUAGUCCUUUUACAACUGUACUUUCUUCCAAAGGAUGAAAUUUUUGAAAAAUUAAAACCUUUCUUC